UUAAAAUAGAAAGGUAUCUAUAAAAAAGUUGCGGAUUAAUGGUAAAAGAACAAUAUUUAACAGUGCAUACAAAACGAAAGUACUGCAAACACCUGUCAUGCUACUUGCAAAAAUCUUAAACAUUGCAUGUCGACCAAUCAAAACACUGCCUUGCCAAACAGCUGGUUUUAUACGAAGUGCAAAAAUGGCUGAAGAGGUAGAGAAGGCUAGGUUUGCAGGGCCAGGCGGUGAUACGAUUUUUGGCAAGAUAUUAAGGAAAGAAAUCCCAUGCAAUUUUAUUUACGAGGAUGAUCAGUGUGUUGCCUUCAACGAUAUUAGUCCGCAGGCACCAACCCAUUUCUUGGUGAUUCCUCGCAAGCCGAUCUCCCAGUUAUCUAGAUCAGAAGAUUCUGAUGAGCAGCUGCUGGGACAUCUUUUGAUUGUUGCCCGGAAGCUUGUUAAGGAUCUGGGUCUCACUAAUGGAUUCCGUGUGGUUGUGAAUGAUGGGCCAGAUGGCUGUCAGUCUGUUUAUCACCUGCAUGUUCAUGUUCUGGCUGGGCGCCAACUUGGCUGGCCCCCUGGUUAGUAAGUUGACGUUUUUUCAAGGCCUUCAUUAUGUCACUGUUAUUGGGAAAUUCUGGGUAAAAUAAAGUUUCUACUGGUA